GACGCAAAUCCGACGCGCCAGCAAGCCAAGUCAAACGGGGGCGCCCGCAGCGCGCGAGUUCCCUGAGCGCUGCCGCAGCCGCUGUGUUUUGCGAAGCCUUCGGGCUCUUCUUGCCGAGCUCGCGAUGUUUCCUUCAACCCCCGGCUCGCCUCACACGGCGGCGGGCGGCGGGUCGGGCCGGAGAGGCCUCCGGAGUGGAAGCCGGAAGGGCCAGCAGGCCUUCGCGACCUCGUCCCUCAGUUCCCCGGCUUUAUUCUCGCCGGUGGCCAGGAGGAGCGUCAGUUCUCUGUCUGCGCGGUGAGUGAGGAGGCCGGGCCCGCCCUGCUCAGCCCGGCCGCGGUAGGGAGCCUUCCCUUCCCUGGUCAGGACAUUGGCUGCCCGUCUCGCGCGUUGGUUUUCCUCUUGAAGGGCGCCUCGCUGUUUUGUGGGAGGGAUUUAAGCGCAUCCCGGGACUAUGGUUGCUGAGCUGGAGGUGGAAAAAAAGGCUGUGUCGCCCUAGGGCAGCAAAUCCACUGUUAAAAAAGAACUUGACUUUCUACCAGUGAAGAGGAAAUUCACUGCAAAUUAUGGGAUGAACAAAUGACUUGAUGGGAAGAGAUAUAAACAAAUUGGGAUGGAAGCAAGACGAAUGCUUAAGUGUCCUAUAACUGCCGUCUAUUAAAUUGCAUUGGGGAUAAACUGCAGUACACCCUACCGUAACUGCCAGAGGGCUGAAAAGCCCUCUCCCAAUUCUAUUCAUGGUCCAGAAAGUAGGACAAGAACUGCUGUGGCAUAGUGCCCCUGGUUCCCAUGCCACAGAGCCAGUUCAGGAGGCUGCCAUGGUCAGUGGUAUCAGAUGCCACAGAGAGGGCCGGAAGUAGGUUGCACUCUUGCUGUUCCGCUCUCUGUGAAAGUUAUCUAUCGGUGGGGGGUGUAACCAAGGCCAGCUCUUGUGUCAUGACCAUGCCUGGAAACAGACUGGAAUGGAUCUAAAUAAUCUGUCAUCCAAGAAUGCCUGCAGGUGCGCCAUCACAGGUUUCUACAUCACCUGCCCCAAGGAGCCAGCUUUUGUGAUUGUUUAGUAGUUAUUUCAAUCCACGGGGUCCAAGGCCAGUUUCUUUAGGAGUGGUUGUGCCACCAUCUUUUUCAAGGCACCAGGCACCACUCCCUUGCACAAAAGAAACAAUGCAGAAGUGAAGUAAAAUGUGGAAGCUUCUAUAAACUGAAGAAACAUUUGGUUGAAUAGCUUAAAAAAGGUACACAUUUGUUCAAACAAUUACAAGAAAAUGAAAAACAUAACAUGGUAUUGGAUUAAUGCAAUUUACUCAAUUGAAACUGAAAUAUUGGGAAUGUUUAUGACAUUACAUACAUCUUUUUGCUUAGAGGUACACCCACAAAAGUUGUACAUCAUCCAUCAGGAAGUGAAACCAUCAACUAUGACGUGAAAAGCUUUGGUUCACCUCUGCCAGUAAAGGUUAUGGAGGCAUUGAGAAUGGCUGAUGGUAAGUAGUUUAAUUCCUUCUAAUGCUCCUAGACUAGAUAAAUGUUUCAGUCAGCAUGCAGUUAAGUUUGAAAUACAAAGAUGCAAAUUAGCCCUUGUACUCAUACAUGAGAUAUUGCUUAUUCCAGACAAGCAAUUGAUGGUAUGGGGUAAUGGCUUAACAAACCAAAGAUGCGAAAUUUAGCCUGCCUUAGAUGGGUUUACACUCCCACUUAAUGGGAGGGGAAUCAAAGUUUGAGGGUGUUCUUAGAUCCAUCAUUGUGCAGAUGGCUUCAAAAAUAUGUCAUGCCUUUUCUAACUUCAGUCAGUGUGCAAGCUUCAUUCUGCCUGGAGAGAAAUAGUCUGCCCAAAGUUGUCCAUGUUCUGAUAACAUCUAUGUCAGGUUAAUGUAAUGCACUGAACAUGGGGCUGCCUUUUAAAAACAUCCAGAAGCAAUGGGUUCAGAAUACAGUUGCCAGAGUGGUACCUGACUGAUUACCAUGACCAUAAUACACCAAUGUUGGAAGAUCUUCACUGAUUGCCAGUGUGAUUCCAGGCUAAAUUCAGUUCCUGGUUUUGACCAUCGAACCCCUAAAUGGUCUGGAUAGUCAGAAUAAUAACUUCUCCCACACAGUUAAGAUCUUUCACAUAAGUCUAUAUUCAGAUGCCCCUACUUUAAAGUUUAGGCCACCAAAGAGAGGGUCCUCGCCACACCCUGGUGUGGUGAUGUCCAGGUCAUGGAACUCCCUUCCCAGGCAUAUUUAUCUGGUGCACAGUCAUCAUCAACCCCUCUAAUUCUGAUUUUCAGGCUGUGAAAGCUGUUGCUUCUGUUGCCAAAAUGGCAUCACCCACACAUAAGGGAAGAACAGACUCAGGGAAACCCCGGGGUUUGUAGAUAUUAAAAAUGUAGAAAGAAAGGGGGGAACCCCAAAAAGAGAACUUCUCAAUGGCCAUGAAAUGCAAGUUGACUGUGGGGAUGGAACAGAAACCCAGGUGAUGUGUGAGAGGAAGCAUUCAUUGAGUUGGAAAACUGAAAAUCAGCUGUUUUAUUUUUAUUUCAGCUGCUGAUUUAAUUAACCUUGUUUAUUGUUUUAUAUGCUGAUGUUUUUAUUUAUUAUUAGUUUUUAUUGUAAAGUUCUUUGGAACUGCUUUGCAAAAGGUGGGGUAAAAAUCACCUAAAUACAUGUAGGUCAUCUGCUAGCAUUGUUGCUUUUUAUUUAACGUUACCCACAAACUGUAAAGGGCCUAUUCUAUCAAGUCAUCAUAAUGGUAAUGGUUUUAAGUAGGCUAUGUCCCCAAACAACACUGGGUAAAGUAGGUGCCAUUCAAUAAAAUGUAUAGGGCUUCAAAUGUACACUUGGGUAUCUUAUUCUGCUAUGCGUCAGGUAUGAUAAAUUUAAAACUUUGUUCAUUCUUGUAGCCGAGGACCAUUUGAAUGUGCAUCUAGAUGAAAGUGGAUGGGCUUGGCUAGUCUACAGAGACAGACUGAUUAUUUGGAAGAUUGGCCAAUCUCCGGUUGCUAAGGUAAGAUAAUAGUACAUCAAAUAUAGAAUUGUAGAUUUUUGUUGUAAUGUACAUCUUCAAAAUAAAGUGUCGUAGCAAAUGAGCAACCUCAAAACAGUGACAUUGCUAUGAGCCUCAUCAACUUAGGGUACUUCUGUGUUGCCACAUUUAAAGUCCUCUCUGCAAAAAGUUAAGACCUUACAUGAGUUGGUAUCUCUGCUAAAGUAAAAACUAGUGUUCACCUUAAUAAGUUUCUUAUUUUCUGUUGUCUCACUGAGUCUUUAAGUAGCCUCAAAAGACUGUUUUGAGUUCAGUGGAGCUUCUAGGUAAGUGUGGUUAGGAUUGGAGCCCUAAUAUUUUGUCAGAAGCUAGCAAUAUACUCUAGUGGUGAUAUUUCCUGCUUUCAACCAUUUACCCAUGAGUACAGUUAAAUCUACAUUUCAUAUGCCAUCUCAUAUGCUGUAUACGAGAACUAGGCCUUAGUGCAACUUUGAUGUGUUGGUGAUGCAGGAGGAAGUACAAAGCACGUGGCUUCUUUUUCGCAUGCUUUUCCAUUGCAUCCAAAACAGAACAUUUGUGCUAGCUCAUGAAUGCAAAAACUGCAUUUCAGCUGUGGCAGAAAUUUCCACUUCCUGUUACUUCUGCACCAUUGCUGUUUCCAAAGUGCCUUUAGUGGACACUGAACUGUUAAUAUAGACCAUUAUUCAUUUUGUUCAAGAAACUCAUAAAAGAAGCAUCAUAAAAAUGUGUGUUUUUUGCAGUUGUCUGCAUGUAAGGAACUUCAGUUACCACCUAGCGACUAUCUGUGGAAUUCAAGCUUAGUGGCAAUAUCGUCUCUUAAUGCCUCUGGUGAAGCACCUUCUUUACAGGUGAGAAACUUAACAUUUAUUUUGGGAAUAUCAUUUAGGAAAGUAAUGAAUCCCAUCUUUUGUUACAGGAUCACAAGUGAUGUGGAGCAUAUUUUAAGUUCAUUUGUAACAAUCAAUGGAUGCCAAUUUCAAGUACAAUAUUAGGCAAACUUUGCAGUUUCAAGCUUUUUAAAAAAGCUAAAAAAAAUGAAAUACAAGUAAAAUGAACAUGGUAAAUUAAAUUAUUGUCUUAGGCAUGCAAUUCAAACUGAAAAAUUUCCUAUGCAAAUUAGACUAAUUUACAGAAGAAAGUUUUUCAAUUCAGUAUUUCCAGAAAACCGACAUAGCUGGAGAUCAUGUAGAAAUUACACUCAUGAUGUAAUCCAAUGUUCAGUUUGCUAGAGCUGAUAGUAUUACUUUUACAAAUGGAUCUUGUUUACAAUUUACUUAUGAAUGAAUAAAUAGAAAAUUAGCCUGUAGCUUGUACUGCAUAAAUUGUAUCAGCCUGUUUAUCUUACUACACUGCACUACAGAUUUUAAAAAGGUUGAAAUAACUUUACAUUCUUCAACAGCCUCACAAAUGAGUUUUUGUUCCUUCACACAAUUAGUUUCUAGAGCUGCUUGUCUAGAAACCAUGACAUGCGAAGCUUGAAACUGGUGUAAAUUUGUUGCUCAGUUUCUGAAUAAAUACUUAACCAUUUUUUUAUUUGCUGUGUUUGCAAGUCUCUGUCAAUCAUGGUUGCCACCUGUGAAGGAUUAAUACGCUAUUGGCCCAGCUUUGUUCAUGAAAGCUCUUUUACUGAGACCCAUACGGACUUUGGAGGUGCUCUCUGCAGUUUUCUAACAGCUGUAAAGGUAAAAUAGAAACUUAAGUAUGAGCAUGCAUUUUAUGGGGCAUUGUUAACAACUCUGGGAAAUCUGGAUUGUGUCCUGUCACUGACCAUUGUCCAUAAGUGAUGAAAUGCCUUUUUUUCUCACCGUGUGUAUGUAAAACAGAAUAAAAUGUUGCUCUGAGUUGGAUUAGCAAGUCUGUAUUCUCUUUUUAAAAACUGAAUAAUAAUGCAGUAGCAACAAAAAGCUGGCAGGAUUAAAUUGGGGUUUCUUUUCUUUUAGGGUGGAAGCUUUAUUUUAUCAUCUUCAAGGAGCCAUUUUAUUCGACUGACACCAGACGGUAGUGGCAAGAUUUAUCAGCAUGGCCUACCACAAGGACAAGGCAUGUUUUCUGGAAUAGGCCGAAGAGUUUCUUCUCUGCUGGGAAUCUUGUCUCCCAGCAAUGAUGUAGCAGUAAGUCUUUAAAAUAGUUUAAACUUAAUUAUGAUGCUGUAUUUGGAUUUUUUAGUUUCUUUCAUAUGAGGGAAGCAUCUUACAACAUCAGCUUUAAAAAGUAAUAGAAUUACAAAAAGUAUCCAAUAUCUGACCAUGAUACUGAUGGACUUUAGUCUUAUCAGUUAGCGCUUGUGUCUUCCAGAACUGGUUUUUGAUCUAGCUUGAAAUUCUCACAUUUGUGAAACACUAAAGCCAAUCUGACCAAUCUCAGCAAAGCACAGAGAAACUUGUUUUUAGUUUUUGAGAUGUGGCGUUAAACAGUUCUGUUUUAUUCUUUAAAACUUUAAAUAGAGAACUUUAUUGUAUCAAACACUAAUCCCCUAUAAUUUAUGUUUAAUGCAGCUUUCUAGUGUUCUUUGGGACAAAAACGGUUCACGUUUUUAUGCUUUGACCAGCUUAAAUCUUUACAAAUGGGAAAUAGAUGAUACUACAGAGCGUCAAGUUGUCAGCUGGGAUGUAAACAGAAUACUUAAAGAAAACAUCAUGGAAUCAAUAUGGGUAAGAGGCAGUACAUUUGGAAUGUAAAACAAGUGUUUGCUUUCUUGCUAGCAUAUUUAAUAACUAUUAUUUGCACAGGGUUCUGAAAGCAACUAUGAAGAAAUUAAAGGAGAUGUCAAUGUGCAGUAUUUGGAUUUGCAGCAAAAUCGGUGAGUUCUUAUGAGAAAGUGAGGAACCUAUUAUGAACUAGCGUAUACAUUGUCCUUUUGUGUCAGGGUCAGUUAUUUCAAGCUGCAGAACUGUUACAAGAAUCGACAUUUUAGAAAAUACUUAAUUUCUUCUUGGUUUUUAAGUCUAGCAUGAGUUGUCCUUGUUUUAGAAGUUCUCCACACAGAAUAAGAUGCCAAUUUCUGUAAUUUAAUCACGGAUCUUCUGUGAAAUGCUGUGGUUUCUCCUCCCUUCAAAAGCCAAGGAAUAUGCAAAGGCUUAGCAUAUAAAUGUAAUGAAUUUGCUUACAUGCAGCAUGUAAAAAGAUGCAUGUGUACAUAUUCUUAAGAUACUGUUUUCUAAGAAAAGCAAAGUGAAUGCUGUCAGAUAAUUAGUAAACUUUGUUUUGCUUCUUGGUAUUUCUGAUCACAGUUUUGCAAGGCAAAUGCUUAUCUCUUUUGUCUUCCAAUAAAUAGUGAUGGAUUGGUGAUUUUAGCUGCAGCCUGGCAUCUUGGUGACAGUCCAUGCCUCAUCUACUAUACUUUAAUAACAGUAGAGGAUAAUGGUUACCCCACAUGUGAUAAUGUUAUUGUGGAAGUCACCCAGUAUAAUCCACCAUUUCAGGUAACUGACCUUAUGCAUUACAGGGUUUUUUGUGCCUUAUUAGCUAUUAGGGCUUGAUCCUAAACACACUGUUGGAAAUACAUCAUGCUGACUGUGUUCACCUGUUGCAUUAAGGGGGGAAAGGUGGGUAUAAAAUAAGAACAACAACAACAACAACCAUUUAUUUUAUACAUGAACACUUAUGUUAGCAGCCUAGAGGCGGAUAUCAGCCUAAACAUAUUAUACUAUUAUGGAAAACUAUGUGGAGUUGGCAACACCAACCACAAAUGUGUCACUUUCAGCCUGUUUUCCCUGCCCCUUUGGGAUCAAGCCGUUAGGCUUCAUACAAACGCAUAGGUGUCAUGCUAACAGGUUGAGGGUAAUAUGCUUUUAUAAAUGUCGGUGUUAACCCUUAAUGAAACAUAUUUCAGCCUGAAGAACUGAUGUGUCGUUUAGUAGUCCCAAAUUUCUCCAGCCAUGCUGCCUGUCUUUACACAGAAGAGGAGGUAUUUGCUUGCUCAACAGGAACGGGAAGAAUUUCUUUGCCCCAGGAGAAAAUGAUAUUCAGUAUUCAAGGUCAGAACCUAAAGAAGCCGGAGCUCUUAAUAAGCCAAUGAGGGUGUUUAUAGUGUCUCUCCAGAAUGAUUAUACUUUUAAAAUUUACUGUAUUUACUUUUUAUGGAAAUGGUCAUAGGUAUAGCAGUGGUAUAGAUAUAGCAGUGAUUAUUCAUCUUGCCAUUGACUCACAGUACAAUCCUAUACAUGUCUACUCGGAAAUAAGUCCCAUUGAGAUCAAUUGGCCUUACUUCCAGGUAAGUGUGUAUAGAAUUGAAGUCUCAAUGACUUAAGCAGUUACAGGCCUAACAGUGAAAUCUCAGAUUUAAGAACAAUCCCAAUUGUGUUAUGUAGAGUUAUUAUUGUAGGCAUAGGAAAUAAACUCUGUCUUGUUACUUUUUCACUUGAUAACUCUGAAAACCAGGCCUUACAGCCUUUUAACUUGUGCUUAUAACAUAGCCUAUUAAAUCAAACUUAAGCCCACAGUUUGACAUUCAUUAAUGGUGUUGAAGUUGUAUUGUGUUGUGUUUAUUUCCUACCUUAGGUGAUAGAAUUUUAGGAGCAGGUUCCUGUGCUGGACUUCCAAUUUUUUUCACUAGAAAAAGUGGGCUCGUGGCCAUACAUUCCAGGGAAAACAUUACUGUGCUUCCUGAAGAUAUUGAGGAUUCUUUAGCCUCAUCUGUAGCUGAGACAAAUGAUGAGGUAAGGAGGGAAAGCAUUGUCUUAAUUAUCUUAACAGUAAAGAUGUAUAUUCCUGCACUGGAUUUUCUUAGAUAAUUUAGUUAUUUCAAAGUUAGCAUUUUUACUAUUUCAAACUACUUUUUUGUGGAAGCAUUAUUCCUCCCUUUACAUUUUUCUCUCUUUUUCAAUUUUAUUUUAGAGCAUUGCAUUUGAUGCUGCUUCCAGGAUGGAUAUUAUAGCGCAAGAGGAUAAGACCAAAAUGUUAAAAUCUGCUUUCUUACAGUUUUGCAGGUAUAAAAUUAUGUCAUGUUUCAUAUACAGUAUAUUUCAUUCUGGGAGCAUUGUGGGUUUGUAAAACUAAAGAGAAAUAUUAACAUUUUAGCAUUACCUUUUAUAGAGGAUGAAAGCCAACAUAAUACAAAUAGGUAUGCCCUGGGUUUUCUUCCUCUCUUCCCUGCAGCCAUUUGUGCACUUUCAAAAUCUGUAAAAAUAGAUGGCUCUAUGUUCUAUGAGAUAACAAACAAUUGGGUUUUGCAGACUAUCAAAAGAUCUUGUGCUCCUUUCUGUCCAAGUAGUCUGUAAUCCCUCCUGUUGCUUGGAAGCCCUCUCCCUUUGCUGGUCCUUCAAUUUGUUUCUUGUCUUCCUUCAUUUGGAGCAGAAUCCAUUUGUUCCUCCUUCAGUGUGCUAAUCUUCUCCUUUUAAACCACCUCCCAGCAUUAAGCAUAUCAUGGUGGUUAGAUGAUUACUGCCCACCCCUGCUUCAACCACAAGACAAAUUACACCACCGUCGUCCUCUUCCAUCACGGCACAAGUUCACAGGAAGCAGAUGGAGCACUACCAGCUGAAGCUGUGACUGGGGUUAAUCUCCUUUCAUGCACCCCUCCAGUAAAGACAGUCACAGCUCCGCUCCUUACAUCACCUAUGGCAGCUUCUGCCUGUUCCCUAUCCGAUGUCAGUAUCAUUCUCCCACAGUAGUGCUGCAGUACCAGAUGCGGUCCCCCAGAGGGCAGAAGAUAACCAUGAAAUACUUGGAGAACUUGAAGAAAAAGACAAUAUUUUGAAUACAGCAUUAGCAUCUACAACCUGCUGCUGUGGAUCCAGUUGAUUGGUCUUAGGUACCUCUCAUCUAGUGCCCUGCUCAGCAGUUUUGUGAUGGAAGCUGCAUUUGUCCUCAAGAUUGAAGAGGCUGUUGUGGCAGAUACAGCUAAAGAGCUAGUUCCCAAUAAGCAGUUUUAAGAGUCUCUAGGACCCUCUCCUGCUCUUGAGGGCCAUCCUUUAAGUGAAACCCCGAAGUGUUUGGGUUUUUUUAAAAAAAAUAAGUCAGUCCACCCCAGAUUCUGUGAUUUCUCAGCACCAUCUGCAGAGGAAUCUUCUGACCCUAUUAGCUCACUAGUAAGCACUUUCAUAGAAAAAACACUAUUGCAUGUACCCUACCCUCAGCCUGUGCAAAGUUGACAGCGUGAUAGAUUACCCCUUUGCCUUAGAGACCAGCCACCAGACCAAGAGAACGUCAAAAGGUUCCUGAUCCAGAGGGCAAAAGCUGUGAAUGCCCUCAUAACAUCAUGGCCUCCAGGCCUCGUGUAUACAUGCCCUCCAACUCCCCUACUGUCACACGUCCUUCAUAAAAUUCAGUUGGACAGGGUUUAGGUAGUCCUAGCGGCUCUCUGCUGCUGCAGCCAGCCUUGGUUUCCCAAAAUUCUCUAGCUGGUAGAGUAUCCACCGUAGUUCCUGCCACUCAAGCCAGACCUACUCUCACAGAGACCCCUAUUGAAGCCAGGCCUGACCCGCCUCUAGCUGACUGUUUGAAAACUGAACAGAGCGUUUUCCUGAGGGCAGGUUUCCCACCAGAAGUGGCUGCAUGGUCCUCAGCAAGCACUUUCGUACACCGUUUCGAACAACUUAGACCUGCUUGCAUCAGUAGUAGCUGCUUUAGGGAAGAUGAGUGCUGCGGCACAUGCUCCCAUUUCACCAUGCAGCCACCUGAUCGCACCCACAAGACAGCAGUUUUGAUGCAUUCCACUUGACUCACAUCCCAUGCCCAAGGUAGCCCAGAACCACGGUCUUUAUUAUGAAUGUGGCUUCCAGUUGAGCAUUAGCAGGUGCCAAUGCCACCCACUUAGCUGUCUGCACAUACCAAUCACCUGAAGGUUUUUUUGGUCUUGAGCAUCCAGUUUCAGUGCACACACAGCUAGCCUUGGCUAUGUUUCCGUCUGCCCCUCCCCAGCCCCAGUCCUUUUAUGGAUGUUCUUCCUGAUUCCUGAUGUUGUCGUACAGUAGCUUAGCCACAGAACAGAACUGAAGGGCAAGCAGAAGGGGCUUUCUUGAACAUGGGCAGGAGGGAUGCAAUCACAAGCUUCCUGUCUUCCAAGCAGUUGGAGGGAUUAUGACCCACUUGGACACCCUCAGAUGUGCAGUUAAAAGCAACCUUCCCAGUCAGGACCAGUGUUCCAUUCUAAGAGUCAACUCACCAAGUGUUUCCCUUCAUUUCAGUAACAAUAUGAAAGGUGCACAAAUCAUCGUUGCUGAGCUCUUUCCACAGCAUGGAGAUGCAUACCCUGACGCAGACCUAGACAGAGCUGUGUUUCAAAUUAGUGAGAAUUUGGUGGAUGAUUAUCCUACAUCUGACCCACGAUGGGCUGAAUCAGUACCUGAAGGUGAGAAGUCUCAUGUGUAAAAUAGACAUUCUGACUGUACAGCCUUAAGAAAGUAAGACUGUAAGUUAUACUAACUUUUAAACCCCUUUCCUUGUCACUUUUUUUGUACUAAAGCAGCUAGUUUUCCAAAUUCUUCCAUCAUUCUUCUUCAUCAGCUGGAAAAUAAGACAAAGGCCCAUUCUCUAUUCAUUGACUUUCUUCGUCAGGUAGGUACCUAAUGUUCUUGUGUAAAUGUGGCAAUAUAGGAUGUGGCACAAGAGUAUUUUUAUGUACAAUUCUCUCUAUCCAAGGUGGGUCUAUUUGGUUGCCUGGGCAAUCUCCCAGUACGGGGCAUACCAAUGGCAACUCGGUGGUUACUCUGUGAACAUGCAGAAAAGUUAGCGGCAGCUAUUGCUCUCAAGAACCAUCACUACAGAUUGCCAGAUGUGGUCAAUGCUGCAAUAGAGACUGCUUUGAUGAAAAGAGAAGACGACGUUCCGUCAAGUCUAACUCCUGCAGAUGUUUUCUUCAGAGAGGUGAUAUAAAGAAAUAAUUUAUCUACAACCACAUCUAUCAUUCUCUGUGUGAAUAGCAUUUCCUAAUAAAAUGCAUGAGAAUCCAUGUAACAUUCUAUAUUUCUUCUUUUAGAUCCAUACUUUGGGACGGGGGUGGGAACAUGAAUACUUUUCCUUUAGGAAAGUGCCUAAUGAAAAUCUCCCAUGCUUAUAGAUCCAUUCUAAGAAUGAAAAUUAAAUGGCAGAAAAGCCAUUUAUAAGGUUCGCGGAGCAAUCUAAGCUCCCAGCUGAGAGCAGAUGCUCUACCACCACACCUGAAGCCUUGCUGCUCACGCAUGGCAGGAGGAGAGGUUUUGUUUUUCCAGCUCCAGGCUAGCGCUUCUAGUGCCUGUGGUAGCUUCCUGUGGUAGCUAGUAGAUCAUCGUAUCCCCAGCCUUCAGCAUCAGGGUGUUUGGUAGGGUGUUUGGUUGGGUGUAUGAAUGCGCUUUUAACGUGCUAAGUGAAACACUUAAACUGCUCAGUGCAUAAAAUAUCAGGCUGAAUCAUUGCUUUUAUACCUGAUCAGCAGUGUUAAUUGUCAGUGUUCCUUCUUCUUUUCUGUUUUUCAGGUGUCACAGAUAGAUACCAUUUUUGAAUGCUUACUGGAAAAGGAGAAGCAAGUCUUGAAGGAUAUGUCAGUUCAAUCUGAGGAAUGGUCUGAAAUAGUCAUCAAUGUAAACAAUAUCAUAAAGGUAUUACAUUUCAAAAAUUAAGUAACGGUAAAAAGUCCACGACCUAGAAAACUGGACGUAAUGCACCCAGCUAAAUGUUUUAAAGCCCCAUUUGAUUUCAUAGCUUAAAUCCUUCCAGUUCCAAUAAAUUAAAUUCGAAAAGGGGAUCAUACAUUAAUUUAGAGUUUUAAUAAGAAGUGGGAGGUUGGACAGUUUUAGGUCACAGGCUGCAGUAAAACGAAAAUGAAGGACAAUAUUGUUGAUUUCCCAAAAAUCUCUUCCCAUCAGAUGAAAACAGAAAAUUGGAGUAGCAGUAAAAUAACUGGUUAUUCUCACUACCUGUUGGAAACUACCCAGAAUAAAGGAGGGGAAGAUACAGUGUGACUUGGAAUCAUAAUACAGGAUACAGAAAUGUAAAAUGUAAUAAUACUAAAAAAUGAUGAGUGCUAAUAUAUAGAUGAAACCCCCCCAAAAUCCUAUGUUUGGUAACGUCCUAUGUUUUCUGUGUCAAUAUUCUCUAGGAUAUGCUGCAAGCUGCUAUCCAAGACCGCCAGUCCAAAGCUGCUUUAUAUAAAAUAAGACAGCCUCCCGAAAUGGAACCAGAAUAUGUUCCAUGGACAGGUGAGAAUAGAGAAAAUCUUAUAUGAAUGGUUUUGUAACACAGUAUUUCUCUUUCUACAUAAAAUCCACUGAAGAGUACUUUAUUAGCCUUUCAAAUUGUUGCCCUUGCUCUUAAAUUUCUAACUCAAUAGUGCCAUGUUUCAUAAAUACCUCACUGGUUUUCUUGAACAUAAAUGUUACAUUUUUAGUGUUUAAAUAUUUCUGUUUAUUAUAUCCUCAUCCUGAAUGUCUGGGCUAACAUGCUUGCCUGCUUAUCAUCAUUAUGGCUUAUGUAAGGCCAUUACUGCUGUCUGUGCAUUCAAACAUAAGCAUUUAUUUACUGGUGCAGAUAACAUUAGGAGGCUAGUAGUGCUGUUAACUUUUAAGAUGGUUGCCCUGGAAACUGAUGUCAAAACUUACUUGAAUUAAAUUGUGAUUUUUUUUUAAAUGGCAUUUCGAAAUAAAUGUGAUUUCUCAGCCACAAUUUAAAUUUGCACCUUGUUUUCUUCCUGGAGAGAUCAGACAGGAAAGGACAGAUGAGAGCUGAGUUAACCUGAGGCACAGUCUCUCUCCUACUCGGUACAACACUUGUUCCUGUGAACAAGCCCUAAGCUUAUUAUAGACUUACAUUCCUGCCUGCAAUAACUUGAAAUCUACACUUUCGUAAAAAUUGCAAGCAACAUCACAGUACAGGUGGCUUUGCAGGGGAAAUAUCUGAUACAUUCCCUUGUGCUUUUAAGUUGUUUUGCGCAUCAUAGAAUUAAGAGCCUACAUGGAAGUUAUAACAAAUGCUUUCCAAUGCAUGUGCACAUGUAUCGUCAAGUAAAUCUAUGUACCGGAUGGCUGUAACAUUUUGCUUGGAAAUCCCUUCCAUGUAGAAUUUUGUAAUGCAGGCAGUGACCCUGAGAGACUUUUAGAAACCAUGGUUUUAAAGCUAUAAAGGAAAGAAGCCUGUGUAUUAGGUUUUGGUGUAAAGAACAGGAUUUUAUCCUAUUGUUUCAAAAGUUUUCAGAUUAUUUCAUGAGGGGAAAGGUAGGCAUGAGGGCAUACUUGACACUGAGCUCAAGCAGUUGUCUUUUCUUCUCAGCCAUAGCCUUGGCUCUGCUAGGAUUGUUAAUGUGGACGCUUUUCUUUUUCUGCUGUGCAGUGCUGCUGUUCCACUCAAAGACUUAGGCUGGGGGUUGCUGCUUUGCUAUGGAAAGUAGAUACGUUUACUUUUUAACGGCCUCUUGUGUCUAACUUCCCCUUGGUAUAUUAUCAUAUGUCAUUUUUCAAAUUCCAUAUGCCAAAUAGAAUAAUGCCUUAAUAUUUCAUUUUCCGGUCUUCUCAAGCAUCCGUUGGUGUGCGAACGACUAUAAUACAGCAACAUGAAAUCAUUCUGAAGAAGGUCUAUCCUCAGGUUAAUAGUAAGCUUCGUAGCAUAGUGACAGAACAGCUGGUGGCACUUCUAGAUUGCUUUCUGGAUGGUUACGUUUCUCAGCUUAAAUCUGUGGACCGGCCAGAGUACCAAGAACGCUAUAACAGUCUGGAAAUGGAAUACAUGCAGAAAAGAUCUGAACUGUUGUCACCACUACGUAAGUGCUGCGGUUAUUAUACAGGGUGCCAUUUAAGUCUCUGCCAUGGGUAUAGGAAAGCAGGGGAAGAAGGAAAUGCUCUUCUCCUUUCUUUUCUUCUUUUCAAUAAUGUUUGCCUAUUUUUAGCUUUCAGAGCAGAGUUUUCUUUUUAGACUUGUAAUGUCAAAUCAAAAAUGGAUUAGAAUAUUUCAACAACAUUUCACAUUGUGCAGUUUGGUUCUUAGUUUUUCGAUUCUAGGCAAUGUUGAGUUGCUUUUUCUUAAGGGGAAGAUAAUUUGCAAGGAAUUAUUAAUGAACGAACGAACGAACGAACGUCUGCUUGUAUUAUUGUCAGAACCUAAUCCUUUGCUUAGGAGUUCCUCCCUGGCACCUUCUCCAUGCUAGAGUUUGGCUUGAUAGGAAUUACAGUCAGGCCCCCUCUGCCCUAACAUUAACUUUUCCCUUACUCCUCAGUUAUAAGGAACUUUGAAGCCCCCCUGCCAACAGCUGUGUCUCCCCAGGUUGUUCCUUGUCUGUCUUAUCAGGCUCCACUGCAGGCAGGAGAAAUGGUGUGUUUUGUCUAACUGCAGGCUUGCUUCCCAGCCAUUCUCCAGCAGCAAGCUCUGCUUACUGAGGACUUGAUCCUGCAUCCAUGCAGGUGGGAAACACAGCGGGCAACACGGUGGUCCCUGGUGGUUCAAAGCUCUUCUGUAGGAGAAAAAUUGUAUUGUCCUACUACUCCAUUAUUUGUUGCUGGGGAGAAUGCAGUACCCACCUUCACUCACAGGAACCAAAUCCUAUUGGUUGAAUCAAAUUGUCCCCCCACUGACUCUUUGAUGUAGCAUAGUCUUUCAACUUAAUAAUAUAGAGCCUAUGAUCUUUCUAAUGGCAUGUGGAGUAUACCCCUUGCAAAUUGCUCUAACUUCUUUAUAGUUUUUGAAAACAAUUAUCUAGAGGCAAAAUGCCCUUGAAAGCCACACUCAUUGAUCUUUUUUUUUAUAAUAAAAAAAAAGUCUUCACAAAAUGGCCAUGUUUUUAUUGUGGGCGUUUUUCCUUGUUUGUUUUUGUUCAGUUUCUCUUGGACAGUACCAGCUGGCUGCCGCUCUAGCAGAAAAAUACUGUGACUUUGACAUAUUGGUACAAUUGUGUGAGCAGACUGAUAACCAGACCAGAUUGCAACGUUACAUGACACAGUUUGCUGAUCAGGUAAUGUUCUUUAUUUACUCCAAACAACAGGCUGUUAAGUAAGUGUAUAUUGUAGGAGAAACCUCAGACUUGCUGUCAGGUUAUUUUUCAGAAUUAUGUCAGUACAGAUUUCUUUUUCUGUUAAGCAGCUAUCUUAUUACACAUACAGAUAGUGACUAUCUAAGAGCCUCAUAAGUUACAGAGAAAAUAACCAAGCUUAGCCAUUAGGUGGCUGCAUCAUGCAACAGAUGCUAGGGGAGAAUUGAGUUGUUGGAGAACAGAACUCUGGGUGCUCCAUGACUUAUGUGUUGCAGUGAGUUUCAUCUGUCAAUCUGCUCAACUUUGGUAUAUGGAAUGGUAAAGGGGACCCCAUUGUAAACAGCUAUUUCUUCACUGAUGUGCGAAACAAGUGAUAGAACUUUUAUAAAUCUUUUCUAUGCUGGAAUGUUAAAACUUGUCCCAUUUGGUAAAAAUGUUUACAUUUUUAGAUUAUUAUUUUUAACACAAGUUGCCAGUGUGGUGUAGUGGUUAAGAGCGGUAGUCUCGUAAUCUGGGGAACCGGGUUCGUGUCUCCGCUCCUCCACAUGCAACUGCUGGGUGACCUUGGGCCAGUCACACUUCUUUGAAGUCUCUCAGCCCCACUCACCUCACAGAGUGUUUGUUGUGGGGGAGGAAGGGAAAGGAGAAUGUUAGCCGCUUUGAGACUCCUUAAAAAAAGGGAGUGAAAGGCGGGAUAUCAAAUCCAAACUCUUCUUCUUCUUCUUGCAGUCUUGCAAGCUUGACCACAUUCUUGCUACUUUUAGAAUUUUUCAGAUUUCCUCUUCCGUUGGUAUUUGGAAAAAGGAAAACGGGGAAAGCUGUUAUCACAGCCCAUUGCUCAGCAUGGCCAGUUGGCCAGCUUCUUACAAGCUCAUGAGCAACUCAGCUGGCUACACGACAUCAACAGCAAUGAUUUUGAAAAGGUAAGGCUUUAUAAAAAAAGCAAAGUAUUUGUAAUGGGUAGUUGCUCUGUCCUCGGUAGAGACCCCUUGCAGAGCUAGAGAAUGUGACUGACUGUACACAGGUACCCCACUUUGUUAAUCUAAGGAACAAGUGGAGACCUCUGUGUAUUUGCACCUACCAUUUUAGUGGGAUUCUGCAAGCAGAACAGCUUUUCCUGACUUGGCGCAAGUUACAUGCACAACAAAAGAAAACUGAAAACCAGCAGUGUGCCUCUGAUAGUGCAUAGCUUUGUUCAGCAUCUCGUACGAAGACCUGCACCGCUUCCCACAAUGUGUGCUAGCACAAUGCAUUGCAUAUCCUUUUGCCUUCUGCUGUGUUGUGCUGAGUUUUCCAAUAGUUUUUCCACAACAGUUUGUAGAACAACACUGUUAUCAGAGUUUUAUUCUGUUCCUGUGUAUCUCUGGCUCUUACCCCAUGUAAAGUAAAAAUAAUAUGCAUAGGAGGCAAUUCUGUUCUUUGAAAUCUUGACACAGAGGUAAUUUGUAAUCUCAUCAAAUAUUUCUAGAACUUAAUUGACCUAGCAUUCUGUAGUUUUCUUUCUUCACUGAGGUUAUUCUGAUAGCUUUGUAAAUAUUAAGCUGUUGGGUCCAAGUUAGACAAAUGAAUGUCUUUGUUUUGUUUUAUUUGUUAAAAAGUGCAAAAUAAAACAAAAGUUUUUUUUAAAAAAAAGUUUCCCAGCCUAAAUACUGGACAAGUUAUAAAAUCAGAUAUUUUAGCAAACAACUGUUUUUGUAAUAUCUUUCCUCUUUUCCUUUUUCUUAUUCUGGUAGAUCCAGUCACUAUUUUAGUGAGUUUCUCUUCUUUCUUAGCAUUAUAAUUUCAGGAGGCGACCAUUUCUUACAGGGUUUCUAAUCCUGGCCCCCAUGAGAGCCAGUGGAAUGAGCAUCAACCUGCCCCAUUACACCCCCAUUCUGCCUUCUUCCUGGUCCAAAAGGACUCACACAUUGGUGAUUGCAUGUCAAUUGGAUGUGCCUAAAAUGGGCACCACCAUUCACAAUACUGGGGUGUGAAUUCUCUUUAGAGCUUUGUUUGAAGAAACAUAAUAGAAAUAUUUACCUGAAAUCAAUGUAUUCCUAAAAUACCAUUUUUUCAUAAUAGACUUGCUUUGAUACCAUUUCUAUUUUCAGUGACUUUUAACGUGUGUCCUGUAGUGCAGCUGUUUAACAUCUUCCCUAUCUUGCCUUUUGCAUAUUAUUAUUCUCAGAGUUAUAUAAAAUUGUUCACUGUAGAAAAAAAUUCUCCUUGGCCAUAUCAGAACUUGAACAUGUUUAUGAAAUAAUAACAAUAUAUAAUCAUCAUGCAAAUUACUAAUGUCCCUGUUAUGUGUGUGUGUGUAAAUAAACUUACAUGUUGAGCUUUAUGUCACGUGAAAUAUUAAAAGUAUUUUUUGUCAAUGUUAGGCUAACCGAACACUGCAGAAUUUAGCAAAUACAGAAACUCGGUACUUUGCAAAGAAGAAAACUCUUCUUGGCCUGUGUAAACUGUCUCUACUGGCUUCUGAUGUAUCAGAAGUGAUGCAGAAUGAGAAAAUUGAAGGUACUAUUUUUUCCAUUGUAAAGUUUAAAGUAAGUUUUCUUUAUAUGGAGAUACCCCUUAAUUUAUUAGAUCUACAAGGUCAGUUGUGAUCCCAGCAGUAUGGUGGUUGAGACACCAAUGACAGAGCUUUAGUUUCCAAAGCAGUUUGUCAGUUCCCCACUGAAAUUCUUGGCUGCCACACACAACAAAUUAAUACAGGUAUCUAUGAACAAUUACUGUUGUGGUUGGAAUGUAAAAGUUUUCCAUCUUUCUGAUGUUGCUCCAGUAAGGUGUGCAGCACUUGAAGUAAGGGGUUAAUUCAGUGGGUGAUGAUGCUUAGCUAGUAGAUGACACCACCUUGUAAUGUAACUAUAAUGUGUAUAUUUGCUUUUUAAACAACAUUGAGAAUGAUCACUAGGAUAUUAAGGAAGUUUCCAUAGAACUUUGGUGCGGAAAUGUGGGGGGGAAGCAGGUCCGCUAUCAUGAAAACGUGUCAUUUUUGCUGCCUGCUUUCAACAUGAUUAUCAAUAACUUGGGAGGUAGCACAUGGCAAGGCCUGUCAUUUACAAGUCUUUCUGAAUACAUGGAGAGAAUUCCCUCCCUUGGGAUCUUGUAGGUAGACUUCCCACCACUUUUAGGGGUGGUGGUGGUGGCCUUUAUGUUCUAUGCUAGAGGUCAGAAAAUAAAAGCUUCUUGUCAAAAUCCUCCCUCCAACCAGCCAUCCAGUUGUUUGCCAAGAAGUGAAGGGAAUUUGUAGCAAGUGGUCUGUCUGGCUACUAAACAUACUGGCAGGUUACAGGUGGAGGUAGAGUUACUGGUCUUCAGGCUCACUGAAAACCUUGAGCAUGAUGGAAUAUUCAUAAUUAGGUAAAUAAUACUUUCUUUGUACUCGGGAAUUAUAGUCAUUUGUGCUAUGCUUUUUAUUUCAUGUAUACAAGAAAUUACUGAACAAGAGCGUUUUCUGCUACACCAAGAGACUCUACCUGAGCAGCUGCUGGAUGAGAAAAAAAUUAAUCUCAAUGAAAUGCCAGUGUUAAGUGCUCCACAGCUGAUUGAGGUAUGUACUAUUAAGUGUCCUACCGGUAUUGAAUUUCUGAGCUACUCUGUCGAAAGACUCUUCUCUAAUGUGGUUUUGUUUUCCUGAAUAAUAUUGGGUAAAAUGACUGGAUGAAAAUGGGUCAUGCCUUGAUCCCCUGACCCCAGCAGACAACUCGGUAGCCCCAUGGCAUCACUGUGGCAUCACAAUUGACGGGUGAAUUGCCACGCUCACCGGUCAAAACCACUUGUGCUUACAGUGCUCUUUGCAGCAGUCUUUCUUCAUCGCUGUGUGAUGGAGCAGUCUUUCAGAGCCGAUGUCUCCAUAAAGCAGACAUCAGCUCUGGCAGGGACUGCUCCAUUGUGCAGCAGGGAAGGAAAAAAACUUGUCUGGAGCUUUCACUGCCUGCUCAAGGCUGAGCUUUUUUAGAGAUUGAAGGAAUCAGUGGAGGUGGGCUGUCCAAGAAGGUCCUGUCUAUCACCUGACAUCACCAGCGAUGGCAGUUGAUGGGCAUGGUUUGGAGAAAUUGGGCUCUUGGCUCAAAUUGGACCCCCUGGCAGGCCCAGAUUGGCCCAUGUGCUGGAACUUCCACACCCCAGGGAAGGAGGGAUGGCUAGAAAAUUUGUGUGAUAGAUACCGAGUGCCCUGCCUUGCUUGAGUAGAAGUGCUUUCUGCUGCCACAGAGUCACUUGGAUACAACCCAAUGAAGCUGCCCUGAGUCUGUCGUGACUGCUUUGUAUUACAAAUCUUAGUGACCUUGCCAACACAAUCAAAAUAAAUUCAGGAAAUUUUGGCAGGGAGUCUGCUGUGCAGUUUGUGUCAAAAGAGUUAAUCUUCAGUGCAAACAUACCUCAUAGGUUUGCUGUGAUAAAAUGGGGAGCAAACCAUGUAUAAUGCUCUCAGCUCCUUGGAUGAAUGGUGGUGUUUGGGUUAAAUUAUUUUGUGCCUCAAAUACCAGGAACGUUUCCUGUUUCAGAUGAGUUGGCUGUACUCUUCCAUAGACGUUGUCCUUCCAUAUCCUGGAUAUGCCACCAUAUCCAGAUGCCUUAUGCAGUGGGUUUUGAUUAUACACACAGUUCCUGGGUUAUUAGAGCACUAAUCUGUGCUUGCUUUGUGGCAAGAUCUGUGACUAGGAAUGUUCAACAAAUCCACUUACACUUUCUUGAUGAUAGUCGGAGAUUGGGACACCAUUGAGCCAAGCUUAUAAACAGUUUCUUGGUAAAUACACUUUUUAGUCCUUUGAAUGAAGGAAACUAGAAGGAUAGACAGGUGUGGCAAAUUGUGUGCAUGUUUUUAUGAAUGAAAACCCCUAGUAAAAGCAUUACAUAUAUAAGGGCUUUUUUCCUUUUCUGCCUCUGCAUUCUUCGAAGUCCAUCCUGGGAGGCAAACAGGAGUCCAAAUGUUUUUGUGUUUAGGCAUUACAGAAGAAGUCUCUGUAAGCAGAAAGGGGGGAGGAGUUUCUUUAACAGCUGUGCUAAAGCCAGGCAGCUCUGAUGCCCCCUAAUAAUCUUCCAGCCUGGAUCACUGCCAGACCCUGCUUUUAAUUUCUUCUAUCAGCAAGGCCUUUCCUUUCUGACCCUGGUGUCAUUCAAGUUUAGGAAUUUUUUAUUUUUUUUUAAAGAAACAGCUAUAAUCUGAACAAAGCUGCUCAUUGUGCUGAACCAUAGCUUAACUUGUGUGACUGCAACUAUACUUCUGGAUCUUAAUUCAAACAGUCCCACAACUUACAGACAUUUAGCUUGUGUACAUCCAGCUUUAUGUUCUUGGCAAAUAAUAAAAAUAAAUAGAAAGGGGGCGGGGGGCGGGGGAGUCUUUGGCAAUCCCACCCACCAUUGCAUUGUUUUGUGAUUAUAAGCAAUUUUGGCUUUAGGUGUGAUCCCCAGAAUGUAACCCCCAUGUCAGUUGAGGGCUUACUCUAUUAAAGUAAAUAUGUAUGUGUCCUUUGCAGGUAUUUAUCUUUCCAGAAUAUUGCAGAUGAUUUUUUAUUUUUAUUUUUUGCACAUAGGAAGCUGUCUUGUACUGAAUUAGACCCUUGGUCCAUGUAGCUCAGUGUUGCUUUCAGACAGAAGUCUUUCCCAGCCCUGCCUGGAAAUGCUGGGACUGGACCUUGAGCCUCCUGCAGCCCAAACAGAUGCUUUGCCACUGAGCUCUUCUAUAACAGAGUACUUAUUUGUGGAACUAUGUUCCUACCACAAUAGGCUAGGAAUGCCGAAGCCUUAAAUGGUUUGUAAAUUUGAGCCUAUCAUAUAGCAACCUUAUAGGCAGUGUAAUCUUUCCAUUGUAAUAUUGGUGGAAUGCCUUUCUAAAACCCCGACUCUCUUCCUUACUAUAAAAAUGCCUACAGCUGAAUGAAGGCAUAUUUCAGUCAACAGUCACAUGAGUUAGAAUCCAGGGUGGUCUUCCCACAAGGAGUUCUUAACAAGAUCAAUUACACUGUUUUGGAGUCUAAAAAUAAUGUUGUCCUUCCAUCUUUCAUACAAUAGUUGUACAUAUCCCCUGAGAACAGAAGGGCUAAUGAAUAUGACUUCAAGAAGGCACUCGAUCUGCUGGAGUAUAUUGAUGAGGUAUGAAAAUGAGUGAGUUUUGGUGAUCUCUGAACCAGGAUGUUUUUCAGUCUAACUGAAGUUCCCUCCCCCAUCUGUAAAAAAAUAAAUAAACAUAACCUCUUAUUUCUCAGCUACCAAAAUACUCAAGUCCCAUCUAAUACCAACUGCUUGACUUCUUGGCCAUCUUUUAAAAAAAUAAUGGAGGGCUAAACCUGUGAAAACAUAAAAACUGAAACUGAAGACUAUGACUCAGUUUUAGUGAUGCCAUCAGUCAAAUAUCGGGACGCAGGUGGCGCUGUGGCUUAAACCACAGAGCCUAGGACUUGCCGAUCAGAAGGUCGGUGGUUCGAAUCCCCACAACGGGGUGAGCUCCUGUUGCUCGGUCCCUGCUCCUGCCAACCUAGCAGUUUGAAAGCACAUCAAAGUGCAAGUAGAUAAAUAGGUACGCUCUGGCGGGAAGGUAAACAGCGUUUCCGUGCACUGCUCUGGUUCGCCAGAAGCAGCUUAGUCAUUCUGGCCACAUGACCCGGAAGCUGUACGCCAGCUCCCUUCACCAAUAAAGCGAGAUGAGCGCCGCAACCUCAGAGUCGGCCACAACUGGGCCCUUUACCUUUACCUUUACAGUCAAAUAUCAGUUCAUAUCAGUAUGGGAAAUUGAUCAUUUCCCACCUGCCUUCUUUUUAGUUAUUGAUGUCGCUACCCCAACUGGUAUCCUUGUCGGGAUCUAGAUUCAUGAUAUAGCAAUGUCCCAGGACCUCUUCUCAGUCCUCCGCCUGCCCCUGUGUUAGGUUUUAUUUUCUUAAUAUUUCUAUUAAAAUAUAUCUAACCCAUUCUGUAUCACUUGAUCCCAGCCAAAUUGACACUUUCCCUCUCACAAAAACUGAACUGCAAACUGUUAAGUGCUCUGGGUCACAUUCUGUGGCAUCAGACCAGGUCUGCUCAUUUCCCUAAGAACAAUAAUAUACUGAUCACCUUAAAGGAGCUUACAUGUAUGAUUACAUAUCUGUAUGGGUUUGCAUUGUGGGUUCAUGCAAAACUGAGAACCUCUCUGAAGGUCCCGUUGUUCUUUCUGAUCUGUUCUUGUUUAGAAAGCACAUGGCUUUGCAUCUUCUUGCUUGCCCUCUUCAUCCUGCCACAGUUUUCCCAGUCUGGUAUUUCUGUCUGUGGCCAAGAGGAAAAACGUUUUUUAUUCUUGUUCUUAAGAGACUCUUGUGCAAAGUCUCUAUAUGCUUGGUUAUGCUGGAAUGAAAGGCAUAUUUUAAUAAAUAAAAGGCCUAAAUAAAGUCUUUUUUUAUAUAGAUUCCCCUCCUUUCCCCAUAAAGUCAUAAUCCAUUUUCAGACAUACUUCAAAAAGCUAUUUUCUGGUCCAUACCCUUGAAAAUUGUCCCUCUUUCUUACUUCUGGUCAUGUUUUUAGCUUGUGAACUAUUGAAUUUGGAUAUAAUCACAAUGCAUAAUGUGUGUUUCUCUAAAAUCUCCAAUGCAAUUUAAUAUUUCUUUUCUUUCUUUUUUUCCUUUGAAUGAAGGAUGAGGAAGUGAACAUAAAUGAUCUUAAACUUAAAAUACUUUGCAAAGCUCUUUUAAGAGAUAGGUAAGCAAGCUAUUUAUUUGUUUGUUUAAAGCAUUUUUGUCCCCACUUUUUGGCUGUAAAGAAUGCCGCUCACAUAAACUCAGUAACAAAGACAGUUCCUACAUGUAGGCUUACAGUCUAAAAGACAUAACACAAAAGGAAAAUGCGAUGACAGAGGAAGGGGAAAAUAAGCAAACUCGGGUCUUAAAUUUACAACAACUAUUUUAUAACAAUCAAACCAGCUUGAAUGGAAACAAUCAGGGAGAGGAGAAAAAUAGAACUCAAAUAGAAGAGCUGAUGGAGUGGUCCUUCUUCCUAUCUCUCCCUUUUUUCUGUAGCCAUUGUAUAAAAACUUGUUAGUACACUUAACAUUCUGUUAAAAUUUGUAGUUUUCCCAGCUGCUUAUACCAGAUUGAAUAUUUUCUUUGAAACAUGUUUAUGUCACACUUCACCGUAUCAGAUUUCAGGGUGUUGUACAGCAGGGGAGGGCAGACCUGAGGCUUGCAGGAUCUACUUUGUGUGUUACUGGAACCCUGAGAUCCACCGUGUAAAAGACAUGAGCUUAGAAUUGAAGAACACAUUGUCUCUAAGCAGCUGUUGAGGACAGGGAUUUGUUUUGAGUAUUAGAAGUGAGGCUGAGCUCACAAUCUUUCCAUACAAAAAUCUAUUCCUAGUUACGAAGUUUUUUCCCCCCCAGGGGGUUAUUUUGUUGUGUUAUUGUUAAACAGGUUGGAGUCAAAAAUCCUUGCUGAUCUAUUGCAGAUCACCCAGAGAUCUACCAGAAAAUUCUGGUCCACCUUCUGCCCACCCCUGGUGUACAGCAUAAAAUAUUUUUUAAAGUGCAAAAACAAGCUAGCAGAUAAAACUUUAAAGUGACUACAAUAUUAUUGGUUAAAUCAGUAAAUCAUAGCAGUGUGGGUGCCAGGCAAAAUUCUUAAGGGAGAGCAUUCCACAACCAGGGCAUCACUGCAAAGAAUGCCGAGACUGUCCCUUGAUGAUGAUCUGAUGUCUAAUUGAGGAGGUGCAUGUCAAAGGGUCUUGGCAAAUGAUGAUAAAGAACUGGCAAGUUAAUAUGGGGUGUGGUGCCUCUCAAAUUAUACUACAGUGGUACCUCGGGUUACAUAUGCUUCAGGUUACAGACUCCGCUAACCCAGAAAUCGUGCUUCAGGAUGAGAACAGAAAUCGUGCUCCGGUGGUGCGGCAGCAGCAGGAGGCCCCAUUAACUAAAGUGGUGCUUCAGAUUAUGAACAGUUUCAGGUUAAGAACGGACCUCCGGAAUGAAUUAAGUACUUAACCUGAGGUACCACUGUAGUAGGUUGUAUAGCUAUGGGGAAGAUGCACUUUAGACAGAACUGUGCUCUAUUGAAAACACAUCCAUAAUAGGUUGUCUGUGUAGGCUCAUGAUUUGUGUCUCUCCAAACAAAUUUUGUCCUUAUGUUUUAGGCCAUAGUUUGUUUCCCAGCAGGAAGCAGAAAGCCUGCAACUUCAGCAGCAUGCAAGAGCACACUACACAUUCACAGUAAACCAUAGUUUAAUAUGAUGUGUGAACCUGGUCAUCCUCAGUAGCCCUCAGAGAAGCUAAUAAUUCCCCUCCUGUUACAGAUGGGGGGCUAAAUUAAGAUUACCUAAGGAUACCCAACAGGUUUUGGCGGGGCUGAGACUUGAACUGUGGGCAACUAGAAUCUCUUAACUAUUAUGCCAAGCCAGCUUUUUUUGGUUCUCUGGCCAACGGCACAGCAAUGGUACAUUUCUUUUACACUUCAGAUGACCGCUGAUUGCAUUUUCUUCAUGGUAAUACGCUACAUCACGGGUAGUAAACCUUUCCCAGCCCUAGAGCCACUUUCCAUCAUGGGGGAAUCUGGAGGAACCACAAGCCAGUAGUGGGCGGGGUCAAAUAUCUUUCUCCAUUGACAGCUUGCUUGUGUUCCAUACUACAUGCUUCGAAAUGGGCUUCUUUCUCGAAGGGCACAACAUGGAAACACAGCAGGCUUCCGAUAGAGAGAUUUAUUUCUCCCUCAGCAGCAGGCGCCUUUUUCUCGCAACUCGGCCAUCACUGAUCACUUGGGCACCAGGGGUGAGAACUUGGGUUUCAUGACCUGCCACACCUCACUACUUAGCUGGGCAAGGCAUGGGAGGAGAGGCCAGUGGGCCAAAGAGAGUGCCCCAGGAGGCUGUGUGUGGCCUAUUCUACAUGUUCCAUUUAAGGAAUUGCCUGCAGUUACAAUAGCAUUUGAGCUAAACGUUAUUGGCUCUAAAUCAAGAGAUAGUUGAAGGUGUGUGUUUUUGUAUUUGUGUCAGAAGGUGUUUAGAACAUGCCUGUUUGCAGGUUGUUCCAGACAGCCCCUAUGACAAAUGAAAACCCCCAUAUUCCACCUUUUAAUUUUCAAAAACCAGUCAAUACUCAGUCUCUAAAGCAUAAAUGAUGGAAUAAUUCAACACUGUGUUUCAAACUUGCUUAGCUGGCUAAAUCCCUAAGUCCUUGCAAGACUGAGCUGCUGUUUCUACCUUCAGACAUUUGAGUGAAUAUCUGAGGUACACUUAUUCCGAACACUAAAGAAAUCUGUGAACCCCUUUGAAGCCCAGUCUGUGCAGGUUUACUCAGAAGUCAGUUCUCUUUAGCUUCAUGGAAUGUUUAGGAUUUUGGAGUUAAUUAUUUCUCCUAUACUGAGAACAAUUUAAGGAUUCACUGAGCAGGGAUCACUAUGCACAAAUAGUAUAUAAACUCUGAGCGAACAAAGUUAAAUAUAAAUCUGUCAAGGUUUGAUAUCCAAGUUGGCAGCCGAAACAUUUGUUGGAAACUGAUCUUCAUUUGAAUAGCAUGUUUAGCAUUUCAAUAGAUAUGCCCAAUUGAUUGAGCUUUAGAUAAAAUAGCUGUGCAAGAAUAAUCCUUAUUCAUGAGAACAUGUCAUCUUGAGUUUUGGUGCAUCUUCAAAUCAUUGCAUUGGACACUUUGAACUACCUGUUCUUCAGGAAUGUGCAUAAUUGUGCAUAAUCCUUUAUGCAUCCCUGCUUCAUAGCUAUAUAUGGCAACUGAAUUCUUGGGUAGUACCCUGAGGCUUGUGGGGAACACUUGGUGACUUCCUAAUAUGGUAGUGGACUGUGUUUCUCUCUUACAUUUUGUGCCCUCCUCAUGAAGAUGAAAUAGCGAAUAGAAAUGCAAAGGAAGUUGUAGGGAAAUAGAUUCUUUUCCCAGCAUGCUUAGUUGUUUAACGCAUCCAUUUUCACCUACCUAGGAAAUUCUUAUUGUAAAUGGUAGCGGCAAGGGAAAUUAAGGAAGGUCUUCUUUCUGCAAAGGUUUUGACAAUGUUUUAAAAAAUGCAUUACUGAAAGACAUGCUAAAUGGAUUUAUUGAUUGUAUUGAAAUGGAACGCUAAACAUGAUUUCAGAGUUCUCUUGGUCCAGCAUCCUGCAAAUGAGACACUUCUGAAAACCUGCUUAUAGGGCAAAUUAAGGCUGAUAGUUGAGUUAAUGUGCUAAUAGGACAUUUCCUCUGUUGACAAUGUUUUGGGGCAUGGAUGCUGUUUGUAUAAUGCAACAACUCUGAAUCGGAAGGUAUAUUGAAAUAAAAAAGCUGGUUGUGCAAACUGCACACCAUUUCUAAUACUUGAUAAGUCUCUUUCUGUGGCAUAGGCCACUCUGAAAAAUUGUUUGCUAAUCCCACUACAGGGUACAGCCCAGUACUAACACCUCUAUGUAUAUAUCCUGCAGUGUUUGGAAGUGCAGCUUAUUAGUUGUAACAAAAAUUUUAUCCAUAGUGAGGCACAUAUAAUUAUUAUUUUUUACUUUAAUCUUUGUCAAGUAGCAUAUACAUUUUAGCAUUCUUAAUACUGUACGGCCUUGAAAGAUGUGAAAUUGAGUAAAGGAUACACAAUAACUGCAAAUAAUCAAAAUACACACAAAGUGACACUGGGGAUUCUGAUUUAAUACCGUAUAUAUUUGUUUUUUUAAAUAUAUAUUCUAUUUGUACUAACUUUUAUUUUUUGAUUACAGUUGGUGUAGUUCAGAAGGCAAAGAUGAUCCAAUUGAAGCAUCUAAAGACAGCAUAUUUGUGAAAAUUCUACAAAAGCUGUUCAAAGAAGGUAGAUAUUGUUGUGUGAAAUAUGCUCAGAAAUAAGUUUUUGUGAGUUCGCUGCUUACAUAUAUUUACAUCAAAUGGCAUUAAUAUCAUUAGUAGUCAAGAUAUAAGCAUAGCAGGCAAAAUUGAAAAUAAGGCAUGGUUGCUAAGGGCAGAAGGGAAUUGCCAAAUGUAGUUUGAAAAUAAAACUUACCCACUGAUGAUAGUGCUUGGAAAAAUUAUCACUGUAUCCUAGGCCUAGACAAAUUAUUCUGAAAUGUAGGUACGUAUUUCAAUGAUCACUCAACAUUUACAGUUUACAGUAGCUAAUAACUUCUUUCUGUUUUAGGAAUUCAGCUCAGCGAAUAUCUACCUGGGGUAAAAGACUUAAUGCAAGCAGAUGAACUUGAACACUUAACAUGCAAACCGUACUUAGAAUUUGUACUUAAAGCAAAUUACGAACUUUAUGUCUAUAGGCAGACCUGAGAGAAUUCUGAAUUUUAGAAAGACCAUUUCUAAAGAAUGAAAUUUUUGUACACUGUUUAAAUUUUUUUGCAAUAAAAUCUUUAUGUUAAGUAAGAACAUGUCCAUCUUUAAAAUAGUAAAGAAUUCAUUGAGUAUCUGGAAGGUUUGGUGGCCUUUCCAUCUGACAAAGGCAAAAACUUACAAAGCUUAAGAUAAGCUUUAAAAUAUGGUUUGGAACAGACAUCUUCUCUUGCUUCAGUAAUCCAACUUCUGACUUGUGCUCUGCUUCUGUAAGUAAAUGAAUAUAAUCCAUCCAAUUUUC